AUGGCAUCACCGAGUUCGAAAGCUCUCGUCUCCGCCUAUUGCUUCGUCGACGAAGGCUGCCAUUCCACCACCUGUUGCCGUUGGUUAGGUCGUGUAUGGCCGGAGAUGGCCUAUGACCGCUGCCCGUUUCGAACUAGUCACGUUGCUGCCGUUCUCUUCUUUUUCUUUUGCCCCAUCCGCCGCCAAGGGCUCACUUCUAUUGCUCCAGUCAUGGUCACAACCCCAAAGGGCUGUCGAAUUCAUUUGGUUUAUCACCUGUCGAUUUGGGGUGCGCUUCCUUGCUCAGCUCGUCUAAGUGCCUGUAUGCCUGCUUCCAGUUGGCCAGAAAAGCGUGGAAACAACCAUAGCAGCCGCCAUGGUGGCCAUUACCUUGUUGCCGCCGGCUUAUGCCACAAAGUGAGUGGUUGGCUUCCCUCUCCGAGUAAAUGA